CUCAUUUUUUUAAAAGUAGGAUUUAGUAACCUAUUUGUUUGUUUAUAUACGACUAUACGUUAUGUUAGUAGUUUUGAUAGUGAAUGACGUUGGUAAUAUUGUAUGUGAAUGAUUUUAUAAGUUUUGUUAGUGAUUUUGUUGUUGAUUUUAUUAGUGGUUUAGGGUGUGGUUGUGCCAAUGGUUUUGGUAGUGGUUUUGCUAGUGGCUUUGUUAGUGGUUUCGUUGGCGAUUUUUUUGUUAGUGAUUUUGUUACUAGUUUUGGUGGUGGUAUUGUUAAUGGUUUAGUUGGUGAUUUUGUUGAUAAUUUUGUUAGUAUCUUUGUUAGUUGUUUUGAUUGUUGUAUUGUUAGUGAUUUUGGUUAGCGGUUUUUCUUGGUGAUUUUGUUGGUUGUGGGAUUGAAGAUAAUAAUUAAUAAAGGAGUUAAUAGUCAAAAUCGUCCCUGAAAGAUACCCCGAUCUCCAUUUUAGUCAUCGAAAGAUAAAAUUAAUCAAAGUCGUCCCCGAAAGUUACUCACGUUGUUCGAGUUUGUCCUUCCGUCCUCUCAGGUAGUGACGUGGCUAACGUUUGCUGAGGUGGAAUGUUAAGUGCCAGCGUGGUGAGGUCCAGCAUGGCAACCGUUAAUGCUGAUAAGAUAUGUUUGAUUAUUUAGGUCAAAUUAGUCCUAAUGUUACAACCCUAACCCCCAAUCUGAAGCAUAUAUGUGCGUGAUUCUCAUAGUAGAUGGCAAUGUAUGUUUGAGGAGUCGCUGCUAUGAUGAGUGGAAGCCGGAGUGGUGACCUGCCGUCGCAGUCCAUCGGUAGCCAUGAAUCGAACUCUUCCAUGCGACAGAGGAGGAAGAUGAAGGAUCAGACUUGCUUUUGUGGGUUGAAGACGACAAUCAAGAAAUCCGGCACAAGAGAGAAUCCGGAUAGGUUGUUCCACACUUGUGCCAGAUACCCGAAGGAAAGUCACUGCAACUUCUUUAGGUGGGUUGAGGAAGAUGGGUAUGUAGCAGGGGCGAAAACUGAUGCAGAGGUUGGUGGGGACUAUGAUGAAUGGAGACUGAAUAUGUCAUGGAGAUUGGGUAGCUUAGAGGGUGAGGUUAGAGCAAUGAAGAUGCUGAUAAUGUUCCUGUCAGUUGCAGUGGUGGUGGCUACUAUAUUGUGUGUAUCACUGUUGUUCACAUUAAUCUCCAAGUAAAGCCACAAAUGGAGUGUUAUGUUCUUGUGUGUUAGAGGUGUUGUUAGAUCAGAGAAAUUAAAUUAGUUGAUAUGUAAUGAUGAUAUUAAUUAUGAAUGAAAGUAUGGUUUAAUUGUGU